AUGCCCGCUAUCCGUCAUGCUUCGAAGCGCAAGCCACCCCCGGAGGGUUUCAGUGACAUCGAAGACGACCUCCUCAUAUUUGCCAACAAGAUGAAGGACGCGCAGAACAAACCUUCGCCAGCGGGCCCGAAGCACCAGGCUCAGUGGGAGGUCUUCCAGAUUGCGCACCAAAGGAGCCGCUACGUGUACGACCUGUACUAUAAGAAGGAAGCCAUCAGCAAGCCACUGUAUGACUGGCUGCUCAAGAACGGAUACGCGGACGCAAUGUUGAUCGCCAAGUGGAAGAAACAAGGCUACGAGAAGCUAUGCUGCCUCCGAUGCAUUCAAACAAAAGAAACCAACUUCAAUAGCACCUGCAUCUGCCGCAUCCCUCGAGCGCAGAUGAAGGAAGGCCAAGAUAUACAGUGCUUCAGCUGCGGCUGCCGGGGUUGCGCGUCCAGUGACUAG